AUGCAUCAUCCCCUCCUUCUGCUCAUCCGGAAACUCUGCAGCGGUCCCCAUAUCAGCCCACUCCCAUCUUCGUCUUCCUCUUCGGCUAACGAAUCUCUCAUCUGCCAAACCAUAACCUUUCUUCGCCAGGCGCCCUGCACCCCGGCGGCCAAUCUCGGUCCCCUCCACGCCCGCCUCAUCGUUGCCGGUCUGUCCGACGAUCCUGAUUUAUCCGGCCACUUCGUCAGGCUUUGCGCUCUUUCCCCGUCCGAUGGGUCCAUCUCCCACGCGCUUCACUACCUCACGCGGCUCUCCAGACCUACUAUUUUCUCCUUCAACACUAUCAUCAAGGGCUUCCUCAGCCGAUCGCUUCCCGCGCUCGCCAUCGAUUUCUUCAAGCAUCAGAUGGUUCGUCGUGGAGUGUUGCCUAACGAGUACACGCUGCCUCUCCUGAUCAAUGCGUCCGCACAGCGGAAUCAGGUCUAUGAAGGUGAAAUCUUCCAUUGCAUUGCUUACAAGCUCCUAUUUUAUCUGGUUUUGCCCGUUACCAAUUCCUUGAUUCAUAUGUAUUGGAAUUGUGGACUUCUGGAUUCUGCUCGCCAAAUAUUCGACCAAAUGCCGGUGAGGGAUUUGGUGUCAUGGAACUCUAUGAUUGAUGGUUAUGCGAAAACUGGUGAUCUGACUGUCGCUGAGGGGUUGUUCUGGGAUAUGCCCUCGAGGAACGUAAUUUCUUGGAACACAUUGAUUUCUGGGUUUAUGCAGAAUCAGAGGUUCAAGAAGGGUUUAUGGUUUUUCUCUAGGAUGGUCAAUGGGUUUGGAGAAAGGCCAGAUGAAGCGACUACCAUUAGCGUAUUGUCAGCUUGUGCACGUUUGCAGUCAGUUGCCUUGGGGAAAACAAUCCAUGGAUACUUGGUUAGGAAUUUCUCUGAAAAUUCUGUUGCCCUGGACACUGCUUUGGUGAAUUUUUAUUGCAAAUGCGAUUUGCUGAGAAGUGCUUAUGCUGUGUUCGAGAAAAUGCCUCGUAGGGACUUGAUUUGCUGGAAUGCCAUGAUUGCGGGGAAUGCUGAACUGGGAAAGGGAGGGAAUGCUGUAGUUCUCUUCUCGCAGAUGCUGAAGGAAAAGGUGAAGCCUGACGACAUUACAUUUGUUGGUCUUUUGACCGGUUGUGCACAUGCUGGUUUGGUUGAGGAGAGUGAAGUAUUUUUCAAGAGCAUGAGCUCCGAUUUUGGUGUCAAGCCAAAGUUUGCACACUAUUGGUGCUUGAUCGAUCUAUACACUCGCUCUGGUAAUCAGGAGAAGGCACUUGAAGUAGUCAAGAAUAUGCCUAUGGAAGCUCCAUCUUCUAUUUGGGGUGCAAUUUUUGCAGUUGCACGGAUUUAUGGGGAAACAGAAGUGGGAGAGUACGUGGGUAGACGACUGAUUGAGUUGGAACCGCACAAUAAUAACCGUUAUGCACCUCUGAUGAAUCUGUAUGCAGCUGCAGGAAACUGGGACAGUUAUAAUUCUCUAAUGGAGACGAUGAAGGCAAUGGGAUUAAAAAGACAGCCUGAUAGUACGUUAAUUGACUUGAACAAUGUUAUUCAUCAAUUUGAUUUGGGGGACAGAACCCACCCCGAAAUGCAGAAAAUCUGUUCUAUUUUGGACAUGAUAGCCAAGAAACUAAAUGUGCAGAUUCCUGCGGCUGAAGAAGAAGUCUUGAGAGCCUAUAGGCUGGGAUUAUGA